UAGAAAUUCAACUUCCGGUACAAACUUUGCUGAAUCCAAAAACUCAAUCAAGACAAAGACAACUAAUGCAAUAAGUAUGGUGCUUGAGAAGAGGCAAAGAUAUGACCAUUCUUCUCAACAUGUUUCAAAUACAUAAGACUUUUAACCAUGGAAUCAUUGAAGAAGCAUUUUUCAAAUGCAGGAAAUAAGGGAAAUGAAACGGAAACAUCAAAAUCCAAAUUCUUCUUGGACAUGAACAGCUCUUCGUUCAUGUCACAUGUUGUGAACGGAUAUGAAGGCGUGGUGGAGUACAUUGAUGCAUGGAAGAAAUUUGAUGGGGCUGGUACCCACCUUAUUGAUUCCCUGCAGAGUGCUGUGAAAGGAACAUGUUAUGAGAAUCUUGGACAGGAAACCAGUAAUGCCUUUAAGUCUGUCCACUCCAGUAGUAAUGGUAUUGAUCCAUCAGGAAAGUUGAGAGAGAUGGAAAACCUACUGUUUGGUCUGAAAAAUCAGCUUGAAAGUGGAGAUGAAAAUGACAGGUGCCAUUCAAAUUUACAAAUUUUAUGUCGGUGCUUCUUGCUGUUCUUAAAAGUUCAGUUAGACUACCAUCAAAUGUGUUCUGCCACUGUUGUCUCUUUACUCAGUGUACUAGUCCAAUCCUACGAGUGUUCAGAUAACAAAGAUGUUUUACUCCAAAUGAGUAACUUAGACAUCAUACCUCCUUCCCCUAGGCAAUCCCCUAGUCGAAAUCACUCGCGUAAAAAACAAAACCAAAGCAGCUACUCACCAAAAUUGCCUACCAAGCAAAAUACUCUAAAAUCAUCAUUUCUCUCACUCUUCGAAAGGAAGAAUUCACCAGAUGAAAGUAACAGUGGAACUGCAUUUUAUGUGGACAUAAGUAAAAAUGAUCAAAGUGAUGCACCAACUAAAGAUAACCAGAAAGUGCUAAAUAAGGAUAUAGCAAUUGAUAAUAUUGAAGAGCCACAUGCUGAUCCUAAGGGAGAUGUUCAGACAGGGAUUUUGGUACAAAUAGGACUGGAUCCAACUGAUGAAGUACCACCAGAGACCAGUUUCAUGAAACCAGUCAGCCCAGAUCAAAAUAUAGUAAAACAGACAUCAGGCAAAACACCUUUAGCAUCUGCUGAAGAAUUAGAUAGUGUUAUCAACUUAUUGUCUGCAUGUGGAACCCAGCCAAAACACAUGGAAACCAUUCAUGAAAACCAACUUACUGUGCCAAGUAUUUACACGUCACGCACACCCUCUCCUGGUAGUGAUGAAAUGAGGCCAAGCAAAGUCCAGCAGCAGAGACAUUCGGAGGGGUCUUUGGAUUUUUCAGGAAUGGGAGGAGUUGGUCGUAACACCUGGCCCCAUCGCUCAAGCUUGCCUAGUGUAGCAUUAAGUGGACAUAUGAAUUAUCAUGAUAUGAUGGGAACUGGGGGUACAUUACCAAGAAGGUUUUCACAUGAACUGAACCGUCCAAAUCCAAACUUUCUAAGUCCACAGCCAUCUACUAAUGCAUUAACUGGUUCUAACUGGUCUUUCCCAGAUUAUAAAUAUGGAAACAGGACCUGGCCAAUGAACAGCAUGUCUGCUCAAUGCUCAGAUACUCUAAACAGUUUAAAUAGUAGCUGGUCUGCUAUUCAGGACUCAGAUGAUCUCAGUGACGACUCUUCUUGUGGAGAACAGUUUUUUGCUGUAGGGCUGGACCUUGUACAUGCAAUGGAUUCAAAGAAUGGAAGUAGUGAUGAAGAAACAGACAAACAAGCAAAGAAUGCAGAUGAACAAAAUCUUAAGGACAACUUAUCAUCAGUAUCAUGGUCUCAGAAGCCGUCUUGGCCAUCAUCCAAUCAAACUUCAGCUGUAACACCAUGUGACCAAGGAAGAAACCAGUCACAUCGGCCAUUAUCUAUGCAGUGGAGUGACCCCCUUGCCAAUAGAAACAUGUGGCCUUCUGCAUCAGGACUACAGAAUGUACAGAAUAUACCUGGCUUUGGACAUUUACAGUAAAAACAGUAUACAGGGUACCAGUUUGUAAUGGAUUUCUAAGGGUCACAGAUUAUUUCAACACAGGAAUGCUAUUGUAGUCUAUAAUUUUCAUUUUCUGAAUUGUAUCAAACCACUUUUUUGAAUUUCUGUUAUUCAUAUGAUAUUUACAAUAAAGUAUAAAUCCAUCAAUAAUUUUUACAUUUGGUAAAAGAAGCUGAAUUUUGGUGACCCAUUGCAGUAUUUUAAAAAUGUUAGUAGCACUAAAAUUUUAUUCUAUUAAUAGAUGAUUCCAUUCACAUUUUAAGCAGUAUGUAUAUGUCGAAUUGGCCGUAAUAAUUUCUUUAUUAUACACAUAAUUUGCUUCUGUUAUAGCUAUUUUCACUUUUAUUUUUUAUGACAAAAUCAUCUGUGUCAAUGAUAUCUUCUUAAAAUAUUUUGUUUGUAACAUAUCAGUAUUUGAAUAGGUUAAUAAAUUGGAGAAUUUUACCAAAAAUCCAAAUGUCUUUUUUUCAUCAACAGAAAAACUAGUCAUCUUUACAAUUAACACAUACCUGUGUUUGAGAUUAAUUAUUGAAACAUGUGCUUUUUAAUUAACUGCCAAAUUACUUAGAAAAAAUGAGACCGAAUUGAAUUCCAUUUCCAUAUUCGUGUUAGUUUUGUUGUUUACCAUGUGGAUCUUGUUGAUUUAUAUUUGUUUAGUUGUGAUGUUGUUAAUUACUUGUGAAGUUAUUGUCAUUUUUUGUUUGUUUCAUUGUAUGAUAUUUUGAACGGUUUUUCAAGUACAUGUAUCAAUGUUUUCUUUUAUUAUUUUUUUCUUUUUCUUUAAUUAAAACAUGGACAUUUAAAACAAAUAUAUAUAUAUAUAUAUAUAUAUAUAUAUAUACAGGUUCCAGCCCCACUCGGGGAGGAAGUAAAGAAACAGAUCUACUCUAGCAUCUUUAGGUUGAUUUUCUAGGCACUUUAUAUAUAUAUAUAUAUAUAUAUAUAUGAAUGAAAGGAGAUGUUGAAUAUAUAUCAUUGAGACAACAACCUAACAUUACAAAUCCUUAAUGACAUCUUAGUGGGUCUGGAUUUGGGGGUCCUUCAAUUCUUUUUUUUUCUCUGUUCUCUAUUCUUUAUAUUUAACAUCCCAUUAUUUUCUAUACUUAAUUUUUUUUUUGCCCUUUAUUCUGCGCCUUUUGCUCAAUAUUCUCUUUUCUGUGAACAUCCAGACCCCCAUCUUAUGUUUCCUUUGCUUCCUCUUUGAUUUUUAAUUUUAUACAAAUCAUGUUUUUUCUAAAUUCUCUUUUUUAUAAAUUGUUUCACAUUACUGUACUUUUCAUCAGAUGCAGUCUUUGAUAACUUUUAGAAUAUAUUCAAUGGAUGUCAUUUUAACAUCAAGCAAAUUUUUGAAUUGAUAAAAAAUAUUUCUGCAAAGACAAGGUUUUUUUUUAAUGUCAAAGUGAAAUAAUCCAAUAUAUAUUUCUAUAUAGAAUCUGUUUGUUGUCAGAGAUUUUGACUACAAUCUGUAUCUCAUGUGACUUCUUAAAGUAGAUUGAUUUUGAAAUGACUUUUAACAUUACAAGAAAUAUUGUUUUGUGUAAAACUGAAAUGGCAUUGACUGAUUCAAAGUUUAUUCUUGUUAAUAUGGCAUGUUAAUAUUUUAUCAGAUGUUUUUUUUUUUUAUUGUGGUCAACCAAAUUCAAUAUGAAAUACUGGCCAAUAUUGCUAAAAUGGACAUUAUGUAUUGAUUGAAUGUAAAUGGUAUGAAAAUCUUGAUCUCCAUGAUUUUACACGUCACAAAUAGUGAUAGUUAUCUUCAGUGUACAUCAGUUUGAAAGUCUUCAAGUCCUAUUUUGUGAGGGGUUUACAAUUCAAUUUUUUCCAUAGACAUUUGAAUAUUCACUUUUAAAGAUUUAUGCAAAAAAUAAAGUUGCAGAUGAGAUUAUGGUACACAAACCAACAGUUUUGAGAUAGUGUUUUCACAAAUAUCUUAGUAUUCCAUGGUGUAAUUGUUUAUUUCUACUUCAUGAUAUUUUAUUUAACAAAACCAAAUUUUCAACCCUUCCACAUCACCUGAGGUCAUUUGCGAUGGCUAUUUAUUUGUUUCUCAAUGUUUAGUUUUCUGUAUAGUAUUUAAAGGAAUGUUGUGAAUCUUUUUAGCUCACCUGGCCCAAAGGGCCAAGUGAGCUUUUCUCAUCACUUGGCGUCCUGCGUCCUGCGUCCGUCGUCCGUAAACUUUUACAAAAAUCUUCUCUUCUGAAACUACUGGGCCAAAUUUGACCAAACUUAACCACAAUCAUCAUUGGGGUAUCUAGUUUCAAAAAUAUGUCCGGUGACCUGGCCAACCAACCAAGAUGGCCGCCAUGGCUAAAAAUAGAACAUAGGGGUAAAAUGUAGAUUUUGGCUUAUAUCUCUGAAACCAAAGCAUUUAGAGCAAAUCUGAUAUGGGGUAAAAUUGUUUAUCAGGUCAAGAUCUAUCUGCCCUGAAAUUUUCAGAUGAAUCAGACAACUCGUUUAUGGGUUGCUGCCCUGAAUUGGUAAUUUUAAGGAAAUUUUGCAGUUUUUGGUUAUUAUCUUGAAUAUUAUUCUAGAUAGAGAUAAACUGUAAACAGCAAUAAUGUUCAGUAAAGAAAGAUCUACAAAUAAGUCAACUUGACCAAAAUGGUCAGUUGACCCCUUAAGGAGUUAUUGCCCUUUAUAGUCAAUUUUUAACCAUUUUUCGUAAAUUUUUGUAAUCUUUCACAAAAAUCUUCUCCUCUGAAACUACUAAGACAAAUUUAACCAAACUUGUCCACAAUCAUCAUUAGGGUAUCUAGUUUAA